AUGCCAGUCCAAUUGCUGGAGCGAUUCAAGCGCAUCACCUUUGACGUGGAGAAGGGGGACGUUUUUCGAUGGAGGUAUUGCCAACCAGAAUGGCCAAGGCUCAUCAGCUUCCUUGGCAAAUAUUACAACCCUUCCAACUUGCUGAUAUCAAUAAAUGCAACACAUGAUCUAGCGAUUGCCAACAGGUUUGUCAUCAAUGGGGCCGGGGAACCCUUCUUGCGAGACAUCUAUGAUGCUUACGUCGAAAUUGCCCGUUCCAUCAAGAAAGGGUUUCCUGGGCUAGGGGAUUUCCACCUUUCUUUCAGCAUUUUCCUGCAGCUGGAGCCCGUCCUGGAAAAAUUCGUGAUGGGGCCGGACUACGACAGUUCGCGUGGCAAUCGCUAUUCCAAGGCCAGAAACAUAAAAUGGCAAAUUCCAGAUGCGGCCGAGUACCUUACAGAGAUCCCUGCCUGGCACAAAGACGUGCCAGAGUUGUAA